AUGGAGCCUGUCCCUGCCAGGCUCGAGGGCACAGUUCACACACUACUGACGGCGAAGGCGACCUGCACCUUUCCCAUGGCUGGUGCUCUGCGUGUACUCGAGUUUUUGAUGGUCAGGCGGGCGUCCACUCCGGCGGCGAUGCUGUCGCACCUUAUCGCGGCCCGCGCCGAGACGUCAGUCAGAGAGCACGAGCGCUUUGGGCUGGUUUCCCCUCUCGGCAUGGCCGUCGGGCUGGGACUGAGUACAGAGAUCAGCAUUCUGAGCGCCCAUCAAGAACCACCCGCACUUGGGCCCAAGGAGGUAGGGACGCCAAUUCUGGCGCUCCCUGUUCCCCUGUUGAGCCAGUUAGCUAGUACGCUGCUGAUGGCCGCACUCUGUUCGUCUGUUGCUGGAAGAUACCCGCCAGGCGCCUUGUUCUGCCGUUGGUUCAGCUUAGGUACCGGGACAUUGGCCAAGCUCCGGCCCGUCCCGCUUCCGUUGGUGCGCUGUCCGGGCAUUCUGGGCCACCAGGACUUCUUACGCUUCCUGGAACCGCUAGUUGGCGUACCGGUGGAUAUGCUCCGAGUCACGGACACUGCGGGACGGGAACAGGUGGUGGAUGACCCGCGGAUGCACACGAACACCAUUCUACUGCUCCGGGUGGCACCGACGGCCGUGGCUGACGUCACCUGGCUGCAAGACCAGCUACGGAGAGGCGACUUGUCCCUGGUCUGCUUCGCCCAAGAGCACGGCUGGCGAAACCUUUCCUGCCCUGCUACGCCAUCUCUUGUGGAGCCCGAGGCGGCACCUCUUCUUGCUUCGACCACUUCUGCGCAGCUGGCUACAGGGGACUCACACCCCGCCGGCUGCGAGCGGUGGCAAUGCGAAUGCACCGCGCUGGCUUGUGGAUAUGGUAUGGUUUGGCUCCGCGCCGUGGUCGCGACAGCUCCUCACUGUGAUGGCGCGGCACAUGUUGUGGUGGGGCCACUAUCCUAUCAGUAUGUGGGCUGGCUGCUGGCCCUUGGGGCGGACCCGGCCGUCCUUCAGCAUCGCGCUGCACGCUGGCAACCGGCACCCGGUGAAGAGGCGGCGGUUAUGCCGAGGCCUUGGGCUGCCCAGCAGGGUUUGCGGGCCUGGGGAAGGGAAGGCACGGUGACGGUCUACCGACCAGAUGGCCGCUUAAUUUGCUCGGUUGAAGAGCCUGUGUUGCACAGGGACAUUGGAGAAGCCUUCACGAAUGAUCCCUCCGGUAUCAUUGUUCGCGGUGCCUACCAGCUUAUAGUCUUCAAUCCAGUCUCGGGGGGCACCGUUGUCGAGCAACAAUCGCUCCUACGAGAUUCCCUGCUCCGUGACGACCCUCAAUCCUUGGUGCGAGUGUUUGAAGCCGCAGGCGGUUUUGCGACCUGUUGGGUCUGGGGACCUCACUUAUGCCCGGUUGCAUGGGCGCUUGACCAGCCGGCGGUUGUUCUUACGCGGGUCCUCGAAGUGGCACGCGACCGCCCGCUUCCAGGACGCGGUCGCUUGCAGGAGGCUUUGGAGCUGGCCGCUCUACGUGGUGAUGCCCUACAGGUGGCCACGUUAGUUCGCCACCACCGACCGGCCCCAGACCCUGGGGAUGAGGACCUGCAGGACCCAGUCCAUCGGGCAUUGCUGACCGCUGUCAAGGCAGUGUAUGAACUGUUGGCUGCUGGCUAUUCCUCCGAAGGGCCCCUUUUGGGACAGGCCCUUCUCGAGGCAGUGGAGCAUACGGCUCCGCUUGCUGUCUCUCUCGGCUUCUGCCAGUAG